AUGUUUCGACAGACGCUGUUCCGUCACCUCUCCCGCCCCCUUCCGCGUCUCCUCUCCACUCAACCCUCAGCGGCCUUCGCCCCUGCCGCCCCCACGUCGCGCUUCGCCGGUGUCCCGCAAGGCCCAGAAGAUGCCAUCCUAGGCGUCACGGUCGCCUUCAACGCCGAUCCCAACCCUAACAAGAUCAACCUGGGCGUCGGUGCGUAUCGUGACGACGUAGGGCUCCCCUUUGUCCUCUCGCCCGUCCGUGAGGCAGAGCGUCGCAUCGUCCACGCCCAGCACCAUAUGGAGUACCUCCCGGUCGCAGGCUCCCGCACCUUCGUCGAUAAGGCCAUCAGACUGGCCUACGGAGAGCACAAUCACCAUGUUAAGACCGGGCAAGUCGCUAGCAUGCAGACCCUGUCGGGGACGGGUGCAUGCCGGAUGGCGGGCGUGCUUAUUCAGCGCUUUUUGCCAGCCCUUGAUGACGGCCCCAGGGACGAAAGCCCUCUCGUCUUACUGCCCAACCCGAGUUGGGCAAACCAUGCCGCUAUAUUCCGCGAUUCCGGCUGUACCGUAGGUCAGUACAAGUACUACGAUCCGGCUACCAAGAGUCUCGAUUUUGAGGGCUGUGUAUCCAGUUUAGAGGACGCUCCAGAUGGCAGUGUCGUGCUUUUGCAUGCAUGUGCGCACAAUCCCACCGGAGUUGAUCCCACACCUGAGCAAUGGGCUAAACUUUCGGCCGUCCUCAAGGAGAAGCGCCACCAACCAUUUUUUGACAUGGCGUAUCAGGGCUUCACCAGUGGAGACAUGGAAGUCGAUGCUGCGAGUGUGAGGAGGUUUGUAGAUGACGGGCACCGCAUCGUCUUGGCACAGAGCUUUUCCAAGAAUUUUGGCUUGUACGGCCAAAGAGUUGGGUGCCUGUCGGUGCUCACAGAUUCGCAAGAGGAGGCUCUUGCCGUCGAUUCCCAGCUUAAGAUCAUCGCGAGACCGAUGUACUCCAACCCGCCCAUUGCUGGGGUGAGGAUUGUCGAAGAGGUACUAAGCGAUCCCGAGCUGGAGAGGCAGUGGCGCAUGGAGAUGAAGGGCAUGGCGGAGCGCAUCAUAUCGAUGCGAACAAUGCUAAAGGGCUAUUUAGAAGAGCUGGGGAGUGUGCAAAAUUGGGACCAUAUUACAAACCAGAAUGGCAUGUUCUGCUUCUCCGGUAUCUCUAAGGAGCAAGUUGCCAAACUCAGAGACGAACACUCUGUGUACCUCACUGAGAAUGGUCGCAUCUCUAUGGCUGGUGUGACGUCGCAGAAUGUUGGAUAUCUGGCGAACGCUGUGCACAAGGUCACAAUGUAGGGGCAGUUUUACUACCAGGUCAUUUUACAAGUAGUUGACUUUAACUUGAAAUAGUCCUCACCACUCAAUGUCAUGAAGCAAGGAGUUGCGAAAGAGAUCGCAGAGCGAGCGAAGACUGUCAGAUGACGUGAACGCAAAAAUUCGGACUCCAGUCAUAGUCUGUUGGCUUUUGUGUCGUCAUACCGUUGCUUCAGUAUCGCUGGUUUCGGCUACAUAAACGAAGGCUGAAUGUCAAGUCACAGAAUGAUAGAAUAAUGUAACAACGUGUAUUCAACGACGAUUCAAGUGCUAUAAAUGAGCCUCGACGUUUACGCGAUAUAAUGCGGCACUAAACAUGCAAUUCGUGGUCAG